AUGAAUGCCACGGCUACGGAAAAUCCGCAUGUUCAUCAGAAUCAGCAUGAGAUUCAGAAAGCUUUAUCAAAUUACGAUACGUCCUUCUUAUCGGAUGACGAAGAGGACUUGUGUCCACUUUGUAUAGAACCACUCGAUGUUAUGGAUAAGCAUUUCAAGCCUUGUCCUUGUGGAUAUCAGAUUUGUCAGUUUUGUUAUAACAAUAUUCGUCAAAAUCCUGAGCUUAAUGGUCGAUGUCCGGCUUGUCGUCGAAAGUACGACGAUGAAAGCGUCGAGUACAUCGUUCUUUCUCCAGAAGAGUUGAAAAUGGAACGUUCCAAGCAGGCCAGAAAAGAACGUGAUCGUAAGCAAAGGGAGCGUGAACGUAGAGAAAAUGACACUCAUAAUAGGAAACAGCUUGCUGGUAUGAGGGUCAUUCAGAAGAAUUUGGUUUACGUUAUUGGGUUGAAUCCACCUUACCCUUACGAAGAACUUCCAUCCAUCUUGAGAUCGGACAAGUAUUUUGGCCAGUAUGGAAAAAUUAACAAGAUCGUCAUCAAUAAGAAGACUGGACACGAGCACCAUUCUGUUUCAAAUUCAUCGAGUCAUAUAAAUUCAGGUUACGGUAUUUACGUUACUUUUUCCAGAAAAGACGAUGCAGCAAAAUGUAUUCAAGCCAUAGAUGGUAUCUAUAUUGAUGGACAUCAAGUGAAAGCAGCAUAUGGUACAACAAAGUACUGCUCCUCGUAUUUGAGGGGACAACCAUGUCCAAAUCCGAACUGUAUGUUUUUACAUGAACCAGGGGAAGAAGCGGAUGCUUUCAACAAUGCCAGGAAGGAACAUGCCCAUCACUCACAUGCACCACCUACACUUGCUAAACCGUCUACAAGUGCAAGCUCUACGCCAAAGCUUGCUCAUGCUUCAUUGAGAACAGAUGACUCUACUGUGCCAGCAGCUGCAACUUCAAGCUCGAAGCAAACCGCUCCUGUGCUAACACCAGCUCCAGUUCCAUCUGGUUCAAACCCAUGGGGUAUAUCUCAAGCACCCACACCAGUUUCUACUAUUUUCAACAAGACUUCUACUUCUACCACUUUCCCUACGUUGUCAAGCUCCUUGGGGGAAACUCUGAACAGUCCAGGUCCAGGCACUCCUACGACCACUGGAUCUGCCCCAACAGCAAACUCUUCUUCUAACGUAAGUUCGAAGAAGAAGGGCGAAAAGACAUACGAGGAUCCUUACGAUCCAAUGGCAACAUGUGUUAAGUUCCUAGAUCAAACUUUUAAGUUUUUAUCAGAUAUUCCUGAAAGAAGCUACACAUUCAACUCCAACUUAUUGGAUGACGAAACAUAUCAAAGUUACCCAUCACUUUUUUCAUUUGAGAAGAUUGGAUGUAGUGAGCAAUCUGAAGGUGUCUUGGGUGCCAAACUAUGUGAUUUGCUUACUAUAAAACCUGUGGACCACAUGUCCUCUCUUCUGCCAUUCAUUCAAAACAAGGCUACACCUACCAUGUUACCACCGGGAAUUGCUGUCCAGCAACCACAAUUAGUACAACAGCAGAAGCAGCAGCUACAGCAACAGCAAUUACAGCAACAGCAACAACAGCUUUCACUGCAAAUGCAACUACAAGCCCAACAAGGCAUGGCGCAGCAAGGCAUGGCGCAGCAAGUUAUGAGCCAGCCACAAAGCAAUUCUUCCGAUCUACUAAAUCAAUUAAUUCACGGUAAGAAACAGACUGCUGCCGUAUAA